AUGAGCUAUUUAAUCUGCAAAGUCGCCUGCCUGCUGGCGUCCGCCCUGCCGGAGGCCCUUUCCUUCGAUCCUGGUUUCUCCGUAGGGCGCGGCGUCCAGGCGGCCAGGUGUGAGCCCGCGCGAGGAGAUGAGCUGCGAUCAGUAUUUCUCAACUCCCUCCAAGAGCAACUCGCGUCCCGAAUCGCCGCCUUCAACUCGGAGAAGUCAGGAGUCCCACAGGAAACUUGCAUUACUGCAGCUGCCGCCCCGAAGCCAGGCCCGGGGACAGGCCGCCGCGCUGGCCCCCAGGGAGCGCGCCCCGCCCCGGCUCGCCAGCCGCCCUCUCCUGGGACCCCCGGCACCUGCGGCCUCCGGGGACGAAUCGGCGCGCGCAGCCCCCGCACCCUCUCCACCGCUUUGGGCUGCCUGGAGAGAGGGCUCCUGGCGGAGGAAAGAUGGGGGCGGGCGCCGGGGAGAAGCGCUGCCCGCUGGGCGGUCGGGGCACCGGGCACCAGCUCGCACCGCCUACCCCGGCCGGGCACAGGACUCGGGGUCCGCCCGGGGGACUUAAGCGCUGAAACUGCCCCUGGGCCCCGCCUGCCCUUCCCGAGACCGGAGCUGAUGUGGUUUCGCAGCGAGGGCCGUUGUUUUUGUUCUCCGUGCGGGGGGCUGGGGGACAUUCGGGGCCGGGGGCGCGUGGCUUUCCGGCCGAAACGCGCUCCGGGCCCGCAUGGUUCGGUGGUCUGCGCGCAGGGCGCCUCCCUGGCCUCCGAGGGUCCGAGCCGGCUCCGCCCAGGCCAGGCCCGAGGCCCCGCCGGUCGCGCUUGGGGCGGACUUGGGAGAACUCCGGGCCCCGGUUUCAACUUCACGGAUUCCCUUCGUUUUCUCAUGGUCUCGCCAGAGUCCGGGAGGCAGAGGCGCAGCCACGCUGUCCCCGAGUGUCCGCGCCCGGCGCGCGCCCCGUCCCCGCUAUUGAGAACCCUGGAAGGGCCUGAGAACCGGCCUUUCUCUGCCCCAGGGGAGGCCUGGCCAAGGUCCCCACCUCUACAGCUGCUCCUGCACGCCCACCAGCUGCUGCGCUCCCAGGGCAGAUGGAGAGAACAAGCCCUGGUGGUGCAGCGAUCAAAGAAUUUGCGUACCAACCAAAAGAUCAGUGGUUCAGACCCACAUGUGUGCUCCUCGGACGGCGUGGCCAUGGCCAUGGUUGGUGGGGCGCAGGGAGGUCAAAGGUGCAGCUUUGAGGGUGGCUUGGCGAGAAUGUUCAAUGUUCGUAGCGGCAUCCCGCCCACCCUGUGGGAGUGGUCACGGCUGGCCGCUGUGUGCUCUUCCUGCCAGCCGGAGAAGAAGUGGGUGACGGUGGGAGAUACGUCCCUACGGAUCUACAAGUGGGUCCCAGUGACAGAGCCCAAGGUGGACGAGAAGAACAAGAACAAGAAGAAAGGCAAGGAUGAGAAGUGUGGCUCGGAGGUGACCACCCCGGAGAACAGCUCCUCCCCCGGCAUGAUGGACAUGCACGAUGAGAACAGCAACCAGAGCUCCAUAGCCGACGCCUCCCCCAUCAAGCAGGAGAACAGCAGCAACUCGAGCCCCGCUCCGGAGCCCAGCCUGGCCGUGCCCGGCGAGGGCACAGAAGCCAAGGCAGACGAGGCCCCCGCUGACGGGAAGGAGCACCCUGGGGCCGAAGACGCCGCCGCCGAGCAGAACUCACAGUCUUCGAUGGAAAACUCGACGAACCCCUCAGAGAAAGUGGAAAGGCAGCCAUCCGGGGAUGUGAGCCUCUCCGCAGACACAGCAGCAAUCUCUCAGGAUUUGGAAGGAGCGCCACCAUCGAAAAAGCUGAAACUGGAGGGGCCGCAGCCCGAGGAGCUGUAG